UCCUUGGACUUCUUACAUGGAUGCGCUCAAGGAUGGCUACCUUCACUUUGACCUUGAUGGCGUCCCGAUGUCAGCGACCGACCCCACAAUACCUUCCAACCCUUCUGAUUCUUGCCUGAGCCAGCAUCUAUCGUAUACGUCCGCACCGCAUUACUAUAUAUCACAUGUUGCCCAGUUUGCAGCAGGAUGACUCUGUCAUGGAGAGUGGCAGGGUGACCCAGCGACUUGCAGCAGGAUCCGUUGACAGUUCUACAGGACCCUCGUCCGCAAGCACCUCGAGCUCUACCUCGCCGUCUUCUUCAAUAAGCGACGCCGUCAUGACGAUUGAACAUGCCAAGGAAACUGGAUUCAGUAGCAUUAUUCCACAACUGAAGCAAGACGUCCCAGAAUUAUAUGCUUCACUAGGAUCACUCAAGGCACCGUUCACUGACGCAGGAAUCCCAAAACAGACUGAUGCGGCAGCGUCACCAUCCCUUGCCUCGGCAGGCUCUCCAAAGAUCGAAAAGAUGGAAAAACUUGAGAUAUCGAGUCCCAUCCCAUUGUCUCGGUUGUUCGACUUUGAUAAGGAGGAUCAGAAGUCAGAUCAGAUCGUCAAAAAUGAGUCCAAGAGGCAGUACCAACAGAAGCUCAGGGAUGAGUUCGAUGCUGGCUUCGAAGAGUUGACCAACCAAAAUGGAGGUCGAACCUUAGGUGGGACUGGCGACUACACGAAUGGCCAUAGUGGUCAUGCCAAAACCUAUGACUCUGACGAGGAGGAGAUUCGCGUCGAUGAUGAUGACGAUGACAAUGACCAAGACGCGCGGAGAGAACGUACAGAUAGGAGUACGCUUCCAUUACCGCCGCCUCCACCGCCACCAAUCGGGCCACCCCCAAUCAAGCACCUGCCGUCAGCCUUGGAAGAGGCCCAAAGUUCAUACCAGCAGAUCGAGCACAACAUCUAUCGGGGAAGCAAUACAGGAAAUUCGCCGGUAGACGACUGUCUACCUUGUCAAUGCAAAUAUAAUCCUCAUCGAGAUCCAAGGUGGAAGGCUUGUGGACCCGACUGCAUCAACCGAAACCUGCUUGUGGAGUGUAUAGAGGAUGACUGUCCAUGCGGUUCUUAUUGUCUAAACAGGAGGUUUCAAACAAAGCAAAACGCGCAGGUGGACGUUGUCAAGACCGACAAGAAGGGCUAUGGUCUCCGGGCUAUGGAGGGACUCGCAGCAGGGAUGUUUGUGAUGGAAUAUAUCGGCGAGGUAUUACCUCAUUCCAGUUUUGUGAAACGGACACGGGAAUAUUCUAUGGCUGGCGUAGAGCACUUCUACUUCAUGUCCCUCCAAUCUGACGAGGUCAUCGAUGCCACAAAAAGAGGAUGUCUUGCGCGCUUCAUCAACCACUCUUGCAACCCCAACUGUCAUUUGGAAAAGUGGGUUGUCGGCUCCAAACUCAGGAUUGGUAUUUUCACCAUUAAGCGCGUGGCCGAAGGCGAGGAGCUUACCUUUGACUAUCAAUUUGAACGUUAUGGCGCCGAGGCCCAAAAAUGCUAUUGUGGUGAACCAAACUGCACUGGCUUCAUCGGCGGUAACAAGAGGUCGUCUGCCACCAGGCUCGAUAACUACAACAACCUGGAUGAAGUGGAGGAUGAAGAUGAAAUCGACCUCGAAAACCAGAUCAGUCUCCGGCAUCCAAAGAAGGAGAAAGGCAACGAUGGCGAUUAUGAGGUCGAGUAUGAGCAGCGAAAGAUGACUCGUGGCAUUGAAGACCCAAUCCUGAUGGAAAAACUGGCGCGCAUUAUGUUCAUGAAGCCUAAGGUCCAAAAGAGCAAGCGCCUACUCGCGAAACUGAUGGCAACAACCGAACGGGCCUGUCUGCGGCGUUUUCUGGUCUUGCACGGUCUUGUUAUUCUCAAGGCGUGGCUGCGACACUACAAGGAUGAGCCGGAUAUUGUCAUGGGUAUCAUGUUCGUCUUGCCCAACAUCCCGCUGCUAUCCAGGAACGCCAUCGAGGACUCCCAGAUCGAGGAAGCUAUUCAAGAGGUUGCUGAUGGAGCAGAGUGUCCGUCCAAGGACAUGGCACAGGCUGUCUUGACUCAGUGGAAAGAAUUGAAGCCAAGUUAUAGAAUUCCAAAAGCCAAGAAAGUGGCUGCAGCUGCUUCCACGGAUGCCGUUAGUACACCAAUCGAUGAGCCAUCCAGUUUCAUGUCGCCUGUAGAAUCGAAUGGAUCAGGAUCUGCCGAGGGAUUAUGCAAACGACAGUACGAAGAUGAAGAUCGUGCCUCUACACCUGCCGGCAUGGAGAAACGAAGCAAGUUUGAGAAUAAUACAGUUCAGACGCCACUAGAGGACAUAGAUUCCGCCACUAUCCCACACGAUCCAACAAGAUAUCACACCUAUCCUUACGAUUCUGUGGAAUACGGUCCGCGAUCAGAUCCUCAGCGCGCAUCGGACCCUUAUGCAAGGAUGGGAGAUGCCUACGGACGCGACGGUCGCGACAGUCGCGACAAUGGUUAUGGUCGUAUGGACUAUGGACGGCACGACCCGCAUAACAGAGAGGGAUCUUAUGGUCGCUCAGGAGAUGCCGGUUAUCGUUCGGACUUUGGCCGCAUUGACUCGUAUGGUAUGCCCAAGGGUGGGUACGAUCGUGGACGCUAUGAACAUUACCGUAGUGAACGAGAUCGGGAACGAGAUCGCUAUUACGACUACUAUCGCGAGCGAGACUACGAGCGGGAUUACAGGAGCCACAGAGAUCACCGUGAUAUGAGGGAUAUGCGUGACCCCAGGGACCCUAGGGACUUAAGAGACGAUCGCGAUCGUGACUACAGAGAUCCUCGCGAUUAUCGAGACCGCGAUCCUUAUGCGCAUCCACCGCCUUCUCCAAGACCCAGGGACCGUGAACUAUCACCAGGGGCUCUUGCACACCGCGAAAGGUCGCCCUCCUCGUCGACUCGUCAAGAUAGCUGGGGUGGAGACAAAUCCCGCUCAACAACGCCAUCCAAAGAACAUGUUCUUCAACCACUGGAAAUCAGCCAAGUACAGGCCGACAUCGCAAAAGUGGCAACUUCAGAAUCAGGAGCCCAGCACACCGAUGUGCCAGAUCAAAGAACCCCUGCACCUUCGACUGCAAAUAUUGGUGGAACUGUUGCCGAGGAAAAGGCUGUCAGCUCACCCCCAGUCAUCAUCUCCAGGAUCAGCAGUCCGGCGGCGCCAUUGGCAUCCACGCUUCUGCGGAACUACUCUUUGUCAGGAGAUCAGCAGGACUCUAGCCCCGCUGCACCGUCAAUAGAGCAUUCUGCUCAGGCUGUCGGUCCUUCUGGGAGCAGUGGCCCUUCAUCAUCUCAGCAUGUAGGCGAUUACCAUUACAGGAGCAGUAGUGGCCAUGGUGACUAUCCUCAUCCGCGUUACGGCAGCCACGGUGGAAGUGGCUAUCAUCAUUCUCAUUACUACCGUCAUUCGUCCUCCAGCUAUCCCCACUACCCCAAAUCCCGCUAUGACCACCGCAACCCAUCCACGCGUACGUAUCUAUCACCAUCCAACCAUCCACCUCCGGCCGAGUUACCUCCCAACUGGGCUAAAGCCAGCGACUCUGAGGGCCGGAUUUACUAUUAUAAUGAAAUUACACGGGCGACACAAUGGGAUCCUCCAAGAAUGGAACCACCUGCGGCCACUGCAUCCGCCUCAGAGUCGAUCCCCCAAGCACCUGCUUCCCAUUACUCGCAGCCUCACACAUAUCAUCACCAGCCGCAGCAAACUCAUGUGGCCAGGGUAGCCACGCCUGAGCCUCCAAAGCCGGUUAACAUUGAUGGAUUCACGCAGGAGCAGCUGCAGGAGGUCAUUGGACGAGCAUAUGAUAAACAGAAACAAAAGAACCUCGCCAAUGGCAUCGGUAGCGCGGGUGCCAGUGUUCAUGAUGUGGAUUCGCCGAGCAACCGAACCGGGACCAUGCACUCACCAUCGAUGGCUCGACACAACGGCAAGCCUCUGAAAGCCAUGAACGAGAAGGACCUAAAGGCUGCUAUCUCCGCCAAUGUUGUCAAAAACAUGGCCAAGUACAAGUUUAAGCUGGGAUCCAGUGAAGCAUUCAAGAAACACGCACGCAGGGUAAGUAUCCAUGUCUAUCGCUGUCGACCCAAGACGAUAUUAUGGAUCACGGAUUUUUCUAAAGACCGAUAUUGACUCUCUUUCAUAUAGAUUACACACUUGAUUGCUGACAAGGAGAUGCGAUCAAAGACUUUCAAGGCGGGAGAGCUGACGGAGGUCACGACGGUGAUAAAGAACAAGAUCCGGCGGUUUGUCAAGGAUUACAUGACCAAGCUGUUCAAGAAGCAGCCGAAGGAGGAGCGCUCAAGCACGGCGGCUCUGGUGAACGGAACAC